CCUGCUCAGCACUGGGAGCAAUGUCGGUAGGAGCAGCGGCAGCGCACGCUGCACUGGAUCCUACCCGAACGAGAAGUCAAUGAGCCCAGAAGAAGUUACGUCCAUUGACAAGAGAAUAAAAGAACUUCUGGAGAUUAUGCAGAGCAGCUGGGAAUCUAGGCAGGAAUUUCUCCAUCGUAAGCAGAAGAAACUGGAAAGCAGGAUUGAGCAAGUGCAGCAGAUGGCUAGGGCGUGUGGUGCAAGUGAACAAACCGAUUUGUGGCCAUAUGUGAUGGAUAUCGCCUGUUCCAAAAGUGCGACCAAGUUCUUCAUGGCGUCCGACCCGGCUGGAAGGUUGAAACUCGUUAAGCACUAUGCCGAGUUCGAGGAUUUUGGUGGAUCACAGCCACGUGGCAUCCGACGCAAACCACUCCUAAAGAGGGAUGCAGAACUUGAUGAGGUUGUUUCUGAAGAUGAAUGGGAGGACCAAUUUUUUAAACUGGUCCUAGAUAAAAUUAACAAUGCAGUUGGUUUCAGCCACGGUACUUCAUGUAGGGAAGUACCACCUGGUGGACCGGUCCGGUUACCUUACUCAAAAGGGAAGCAAGUAUCAUCUUCAAGACCUCCAAAACGCAGCAAAAGCACAUCGUAGAAAGGAGAUAUUCAACUAUGCUCAUUCGUAAUCGCAUAGAAAUGUCAUCGAAAGGGCCUGCCACCAUGUUUUUCUGCGCCUACUAUUGCCAUUGGGCUAAUGAAUAAGUCUUGACAAACGUGUGAGUCAAAGUAUGCAUGCUUUAUGUAGAUGUUGUAAUAUUUUUCAGCUUUGUAUGUUUGAGGACAUUUAUUUUUACUCGUUGAGGACAUGUAAUGAUUUUUUGAAUGGUUCCAUGAUGUUUUUAGCACCAUUUGCACUGAAUAAAAUAUUGAGUUGAUUA